AUGGCUCCUGUUGCUCAACCGAGGAGGUUCCAGCCUCAACCUAUAGAAGAGUCUGUCAAGAGUUCCCGCAAGACCAAGUCGCAGCAUGUCGAACAUGCCGACCUACCUUAUCGCUCAUCUCAACCGCUCCUCCACUCAGAAGAUUCGACGGAGCCUGGCUUCCCAACAGCAGGUCCCCCCGAGUCGAAGCCGCGACGUUUCUCACCACAACGGAUAGAAACCACAAGUCGAUCAUCGAGGCGCAAAUUCGCUCCCGAGCCAGUCGAAACCUCGACUAGAAGCAGCAAGGACAGGCAGGGCGAAAGCAAGCCCAAACAGACACGGAGAUUCGCCCCCGAACCUGUGGAGACGACAUCGAGGAGCCACAAAGCUAGCAAAGAGGAAGACCAGGCCGGACAGACCACACCAGAACCUCGGAAGAAGUUCUCGCCAGAACCGAUCUCGACUGAGAGAAUUAGUAGGAGACAAGCAUCCCAGACGGCUGAGCACUCUUCUGAAAACAAUCCAGACGAGUCACGCUCCAGGAAGUCGUCCGACUCCAGUCAAAGCGCGAACGGCACCCGUCGGUUUUCCCCUGAUUUGAUCGAGACCGCCAAAGGUACAUAUCGACAAACGGCCGCCCCCUCUCCUACGAAAUCUGACCACACGCUCAGGCCACCAGCCGAGGCAACAGAAGACAACAGUGACGAGAGUGACGACAAUGUUAGCACCCUAGAAGAAUCCAGAUUCUCAGCUGCUGCCCUGGCCAAGAGGCACAACGAGGAAAAUCGGCGACAUUCCUUCAUGGUUCCAGGUCUACCUAUGAUCGAGUCUGAUUCUGGGGACGAUUCCUCCGCACCCUCGUUGACAAACUCGCGGUCGUCCGCCGAUUCUCUGCAGCGAGCAAAUAGUCGUCGUGCGGCAGGCGAGACGUACACGGAAUACGUGCUCAAGCUAGCAGCGCAAAGCGCUACCGACGAGGAGUUACAGCAACAAGCCAUGGCGGCUUAUAUCAACGAGACGACUCAUGAACAAGUUGCUCAUUACGGAUUUGACGAGGAAGACGACCCUUCUCCUCGGGGAGGCCGUUUCUCCGGCGAAAAUGGCGCCGAUGUGCGCACUUUCCGCCGUUCUUCACAGGACGAUCUCGACUGGGAGUUGAAGCAGAUGCAGCGUCACCACGCCCAAUUGGAGGAAGCCAAACGCCAGCUCAAGCACGAUACGGCCGGCCACAGCAGGUUCAGUGCCGCUGCCUUAGCAACGCGGCACAAACUAGAAGCCGAGAAGGAGGUUCAUGUCAAGAAGCUGAAAGCCGAAGAGUCAGAGAUGGCCAAGAUGCGCGCUGCCGCCACUCCACCCAUGCUCGGCGACGACCUCGUCUUUCCACAGACCAUCUCACCCAAAAUGACGCGUUGUGAGACCGACCAGCAUCCACGGCCGCGGAGUGCCGACUCUGAUGACGACGAAGAAGAAAUUGGUCAGCAGGAUCUGUGGACCACCAAAGUCAAAGUUGAGACGUCCGUCGAGACUGGACUUUGGGGUGGGUGCUGCAAUGGUAGCGACAGCCGACCUGGCACACCACAGAGAACUGGCCUACAAACACCGGGCAUCGAGAAAGACAACCCUUUCGACUGUCUCACCCCAGGAAGGAAGACACCUGGAACAAAGACCCCCAAGCGACGUGUGUAUGGCUCGCUAGCCUUUCUUCCACUGACACCUCCGCGCACGACCGACAACGAGGACAACUUCACUUCCAGCAUUGACAAGAGGCUUAUCCUCGAACGCCAGAUUGAAGAUGAGUUUCCCGACUGUGUGAUUACGCAGGUCUACAAUUACCUCUCUCUUGGGUACCCGUCAUUGGCCUGGGCGUUCGACGCGGAGUUGAGCAAGAUCAGUCGCAUAUCCGUCGAGGAGCUGCGAAAGGACGACAAUAACGUCGAUGCCAAGGGCUAUGUCGGCGCACCUGAAGGAGACGGCUCUCCUGAGGAAGCUGUUACUAAGGGCGGGUGUCGAAGGUGGGAGGCGCUCAGGCUAUAUGUCCGCGAAUGGGCACGGCAGAGCCCCGGCUUCAUGGAGGAGAUUGAUGGCAUUGGGCGGAGAUCGGAACAGUGGGGCGGCAAUGUGGGUGUCCGGAAGGGCAGCUGGGCACAUUAA